AUGACAACUGAAAUACUGAAGACGUCCACCUCGUCUGUUGACAGCGGUUACUUAGAGGCUGUGGAGAGAGCAGAUGAGUUCGAUGAUUUGUUUGAUAUAGCCGAUCAGCUGGGCGUAUCUACCGAUAACCUAAAUGAAAUAGAUGAGAUAAAAGAACGACUGAUUAUGCAUCUUACGCGCACAAAGGACGGCAAUCCGAAGGACUUGAAUGCAAAGUCAAUGGCAAUUUCAAGUCAAGAGGACAAACACAAGCGCGAUAAACUACUAUCGCUUUUGUUAGAUUUGAAAAAGGUUAUGGAUAAGUAUCGAGACAGAAAUCCCGGUGAACUGGUAGGGAUAAGAGGAACAGACGCUAUCGCAAGCAGCUUAAAAACAGAGGGAACCGUAGAUGACCUCAGGAAAGAAACUGAAAUGAAAAUUCAGUCUCUACAAGAAGAAGAAUGCCGAUUUGUUGUAGCAGGUGAAACCAGUGCUGGAAAAUCUACAUUGAUCAAUCUACUGUUAGGAUGUGAGAUCCUACCCACAAGUAUGCAGUCCUGUACUUCGGUAAUCACGAAAAUCGCGUAUGGGAGUUCACUAGGGGCAGAAAUACAGUACAAAAGCGGAAAGAGACGCAGGUUUUAUGAUUUGACACAAGAGAGUCUGAUGGAGGAAGUCUGGCCGAUAAUCUUUGUGAAGGAGGACAAAAGUCGUAAGAGGGAGACAGAAACAGGUGUACUACAUGUGAAAUUCGAAGUCCCAGCAUGUAUAUUAAAGUGCGGUCUAGUCCUCAUAGACAGUCCUGGGAUAGGUGAAAACGAGGCUAUGGAUGGUAUCAUCGCAUCUUACGUUCAGGAAAAUUUCGUCAUGGGCUUUAUUUACGUGAUCAAGUCUGACAACGCCGGAGGUGUCGAUGAAGACAGGCUUUUGACACUAAUAAGAGUGAUUUUAGAGAAACAGAGGAUGCAGUCCGACGAUAAAACGGCAAUACCUUUCAAUCCAAAAAGCGUUAUGUUUGUGUGUAACCGUUGGGACGUCAUUACGCAAGAUCAGCAGGACCUUGUAUUCAACAAUGCUGUAAACAAACUUUCCAAAUGCUGGCCGAGUCUAAGCGCAGAUCAGGUUAUCCGCAUGUCCACAUCGAUGGCGUUGCGAGAAGCCGAUAUCGAUCCUGACUUCAUCCCAGAAACCUACAGAAUCCUGUUGGAACACCUAAGGAAUAUAUAUAUCAUUGCUCUUGAUACAAGGAUUCAAUCUACCUUUCAGUGGGUAGCCAAUGUGGUGGAAAGAAGCAUGUUCCAUAUUAAUUCAAUCGUUCAAGAUAUAAAUUCAAGCCAAGAUGACCUCAAUCAACGAACAAUUAACAUCACAAAAAGUCUUGAUGCACUACAACACAAAGCGGAAGGAUUAUUCCAACGCCUUCGUGAAGAAAUAGAAGGAAUGACUAAUGAAGUUUGCAAAGAGUUUAGGGAACGGCUGAAACGUCCCUCGGUGAAAGCAAAAGUGUUGAGUUGGGAAGAAUGUGAGCUUCCUGCAGUAGAUGGGAAAACAUGGCCUCAAAUCAAAGAUAAACUUGAUUUCAAACUAUCACAACGACUGAGCGAUGUUUUAGAGGAAUGGAACGAAGAAAAUGACUACAUAGUCAAGAUUGAAGAAAAAAUAUUCAGAGAAGUUCAUGACCAACUCAAUAUUCUACAAGACGAUUUCCAUGGCAUAGAAAAACAGAAGGGCGUGUCAGACCUGUCAAAGUCUCUUUCAAAAUCGAUGCAGCAGCAACUUCAUGCAGCCACUCCAAUGGCAAGUAUCUUUGGAAUGACACAACAAGCUGGUGGUGAACAGGCUAUGCCACUGAAGGUGAUGACGCAAGCGGCAAAUCCUCUAGGGAAAAUGUUUCACAAGGUCAAACUGGUUGAUGAGUUCAGAAAUGCUCGAAAGAGGAAAGCCUACGUAGAUGACCCAUUAAAAGUUGCGUCUAAAAAAACUGAGAGUACAUGGAAGAGGCUAGUUUUAAAGGAUGACAACGACAUCUUAAAAACCAUAGUUGAAAGCAUAAUGGAGAGACCAAUCAAGCAGCUAUCAAAAAUUCAGAAAAACAUUCCAGCCCUCAUCGAUUCCAACAAACAGUCUCUGGAGCAUGCUUAUGCCUGUAGGUUGGAUGCAAUGGAAUCUAAAGCGCUGUAUAAUUACAUGCAGAAAGAUUUUGAAACUCCUGCAAAACAUAUCAGCGACUUUGGGAACGGUUACAUAGCAAUCACAACAUUUCGCAACGAAGAAUUGAGACUUCAAGAGGAAAUAAAGUCAAACUUGGGGAAAUGUUCACACAACUUCCGAAGUUCCAAUGUUAUAUUGGACAGUCGAUCAGCAAUAACAAUCAAACUCGUGGAACGCGGGCUAUGGACGGUUCUUCAGCCAGGAAUGGUCUACACCAAAGAUGGAACUCAACCUUCCACUAUUCGAAUGUAUAGUCAAUCCUCAGGAGUAGACUCGAUCUUCAGAGAAGUUGCUCGGAUAAAACGACUUAAUUGUCCACACAUCGCAAAAUUACUUGGCAUCCAUUACUCUGAUGUCCCCCCGCCGGUGUCUCUCUUUCUGGGAAGUCUAGGCAGCCUCAACAAUUCACGCAAACAAGACCCAACCGGUUUUAUAACAGACAUUCCUCGAAUUCUCCAGGAAGUUGCUGUUGGAGUGAACUAUCUCCAUCGCGUUCAAAUGGUCCACAUGGAACUUAGCAUCGGCACUGUGACGGUGGACAGCUAUCGAAAUGUGAAGUUGACCGGUGGAUGCUUCCCAAGGCAUGCUAAACUUCCUGAAAAUAUCAGUCAAAUUCCUGCUGCUGAUUUUAUAUAUAUACCUUCCUUUGUACUUCGUGGUCAUAAAUAUGUCAAUCGGGCCGAUAUCUAUGCCUUUGGACUCCUUAUGUAUGAAAUGCUUCGCAACGAAAAGCCUUUGCAAUCAAAACAUUCUCUGGCAUUGUCAGAGUUCUGCAAAACCUUACAAAUUGGUCAAUGCAUUAGCGAAGAGCUUGGGUUCAGCAAACUGGAACAAAAGGACAAGGAAAUCAUAAAGGCUCUUGUGAAUAUGUCUGUGCAAACGGAACGCCUCUGUGAUACAUUAGAAGAAUGGCUGAAUACACGUUCUUCUCAACAUCCCGAAGCACUUUGUAAAAGUGAACAGGACACAAAAUUGUAA